AUGUCUCAGAUAGCACAAGAAAUGACAGCGAGUUUAAGAAACUCUAGAACGCAACUAGACAUGGUUAACCAACAAUUAGCAUAUUUGGACAGACAAGAAAAGCUGGCUGAACUAACAAAAAAAGAACUAGAGUCUUACCCAACGGAUAAAUUGUGGAGAUCCUGUGGAAAAUCGUUUAUCUUGCAAGAGAAAGCCAAAUAUGUCAAUGACUUAUCACAUGAUGAAAAUGUUCUUUUAGAACAAAGGAAAACAUUGAAGAUAAAGCAAAACUAUUUAGAAACAUCUGUUGAAAAGACUAUAGAAAAUCUAAAGGCAAUGAUGAAGAAUUGA